GUGGUUAUUAGAGUAUUUUAUUAACUUGUCUGGUUAUUAAUAGUUAUAAAUUGUAUCCGUAUAACAUCUAAACAUCUCCGUAUUCCUUAAAAGUAACAACUAACACGUGUUCUCGUGUAGGCCAAAGCAAAGACGGCGGGCAAAGAUGAGCACUGUGGAGGCAAGAAUAAAUUUUCCAACUCAGAAAAACACUUUGCCUUUGCCGAAAACCGUUAAAUAUGGAGGCAUCUCCAAAGACAGUCGUCUCGUUUGGUCCCUGGACGAAUCCAACGAUCUCCUAUCCUUUAGUCACCUCUCUCUAUUUGGAAAAGGCCUCAAAAAGUUCUCCCACUUCUCAACUAGAGGCCUUCAAUUAGAAGCACACUGCAAAAUAGAGCACGAGAAGAAGGAAUACAUUGUUUUAGUGUUUGCUGAGUCAGCGUCUCAAAGUCUCGUUCUGGUUUUCUCGUUAAAGUCUGGUCUCCUAGUCAGGGUAUUGACUCUCCCUUUUCUUGUUACUGCCGUAGCUGAUGUGAGUGGAGUGACCCUCCCUGUUGGCCUGUUCAUGUCGUCUCCCCUCCAAUCCUUCAGUGGGGUCAUCGCCUGUGGGUGUGGUCAAACUGGACGAGUCGUUUUAAUUGAUCUGGUCCUUGCUCACUCUCAUAUUUGGCCCCGCCCUAAUUUACAGUUCCCACGUAACGUGAAAAUCCUCCCGUAUACUGUUGAUGAUCUUCCCAUUCACUCCACUAACAGUGUCAGAGAUGGAGUCCAUUUAGCUCUUGACAUUAAUGGUCGUUAUAUAAAGCGUAGUGGCUCCUUGUUUCAGUAUCCUGAUCCCACGACUAGUAAACUCAUUGGAUCAUUUGAAGGAGUGUCAGUCACAGCUAUUAGUCACUUCCCUUUAGCAGCUGGCCUCCUCGUUGGAUACAGUUUUGGCGGUUUCCAGUUGUACAGUCUCCUUGACUCCACUCUCCUUUAUUCCCUCCCUCUCCUUAUGCGCCGUUUGCCUACCCCCGUCACUCACUUUGCUGUUCAAGAACCUGAGAACGAUCCAAAGAACUUCCUAUACGUUUGGGUAUCUCGCAACGGCCCCAAGGCACAACAUGUUUUCGGUUCAUCUCCUUCAGUCACUAUGUACCAGAUGGGUUUUAAGAAGAAGACUGACUACCAUAAUACAGUGUUAUACCAA